AAGGAAGGCAAAGCAGCAGGCCGUGGCGACGGCCUUCGCGUCCGCUCUGUUGUGGUCGUUUGUUCAGUUUUUCCCAUUUUUUCGAGUUCUCGUCUCCCACUCGCCGAGAGCCGGGGUGGGGGGGGGGGCGCAAGGCCGCUCGGUCACCCACGGGCCCCUGCCCCUCUGCCUCGACCUUGGCGGCAGCAGCAGCAGCAGGAGGUGACAAAGUCGUGUGAAGACACUCUUGCGGGCAAGACAAGACUCCACGAAGGAGAAGGGGCUCUCCGGGUUAGACAGAGACUAAGAGAGGGAAGAAGAAGCGUCGGUGAGCAAGUGGGCGAAGAGGAAGAGAGAGGGUCUAAGAGUCGGAGAGAGAAUGUAGCCUGGUGGGUAGUGGGCACCGGGUGUAGUUGCACUGCCUUGUCACUCGACAGCUACCGACACUGUGGGAAGAGAGGCGGAGUAGGGAGGCAAAAGAGACAGCAGUGCGCAGUGGCUCCGAUGUCGCGUCAAUGUCGCAUGCGGUUUGUGCACGAACUUUCGACGAACUUUUUAACAUCUCCACCCCGCGUGCGUGCGUGCGUACAAGUGAAUGUGUCUGUGCGCGCGUGUGUACGUGCGUGCGUGCGUGAGUGAAUGUAUCCACAUCGCGAACCACGCUCGGAGGAAAAGAAGCCAGCUUGUGAUCGACGCAGACCCCGCCAUCGGCUGCACCCCUAACUCCUCUCGCCCCAUUAAAACAACGACGAAGCCGAUAGAAACGCAAAAUAGGACUGCAACGUUGAGCAUUUUACCACUGCUUGUGCAGGUACUAUCGUCGACUGUACUCGAGUGAAAAUGCAAGUCGCUCGGGUCACCCAUGUGACCGGUCCUCGCCGCAAACCACUUCUACACUUUAAACUUUCGGUUCCUCGAAUGGACGGUUGAAUAACAAAAAAAAAAUCGUCACGAUCAUUGAUGCACCCUCAUCAGUUGUCACGCAAAGGUACUCGGAGCCUCCAUGGAACUCUACGAGUUGUCCAUAUUUUUUUUGCCGUUUGUUUUUUUUGCCGUCGGCUUUAGGGGAGAUCAUUUUGCCAACUUCGCACCAGCCGUGCUGGCGCGCGCAUCUACGAUCCAGUGCCUCGGAAAUGGAUGGUUAGUGGGUCACACAGAGAGUUGCGUGUGAAACUCCCAAGCGUGCUUGCGGUAUUCGCGAAUCUGCGAAUCUUUCUACGCGGGAUUUUUUGUUUAAAUCGUUCUUCCCCCCCCCCCCCCCCAAGAGUGGUGUCCUACGGGGUUCUCCCACUCGCACAAAACCACUCCUUUAUUUUAAAAACAGGAAUUGGCCAAAAAAUCCCCAGAAUACAGCACCCUCGUGAAAAAAAGAUUGAGUCUUUUGAGACGCGGAGGCUUUCGUAGAUGAAUAAUUUAAAUUUGUAUUAUCGUUGUUGUUUUAUUCCAUCGUCCAGUCAGUGAUGGUCCGAGUGGAAGCCACUACCCGUGAUUGCCAUACCCCCCUCCCCCCACACACCCCCCUCUACACAGUCCUCUGUAGAUAUAAAAAAAAUGUGUAUUUUUGUUGUGUACAUAUUAACUAGACGAAACUAACGCCAUGAAAUGCACACGGAGACUUUAAGCGGGGAGAGAGAGUGCGUGCGAUGAAAAGACAAUGACAUUUACACACGAGAAAGUAACACGAAAAAACACAGCCAAACUUAUUUUUGUAUGUGGAGAUGCAGUAUUGUGGCUAUGUCAUUUGCUAUGCCUUGCAGACGCGUGCUGUAUUUUUGCUAUGCGCGAUUGAUACGUGAACGUUUUUCUUCUGUUUGGUUCCCCGCAGUUUUGUAUUCGCCGCUUUGGGUUUUUGUAUAAGCGACCCCCCCCCCCCACCUUCCCCCCACGUCGCCCCCCCCCCCCACCUUCCCCCCCACCUCGCCCCCCUCCCGCCACACGGCAUGAAUGUACAAUACGGUACGAAGCGACCCCCACCCCCCAAAUACCCCUUCUUAUUGUGUACUGUACAUAUUUUUAAACAGAAAAUAUGAAGCAAUUGAAAAAAUAAAACUAACUCGUAAAUGAUUUCUA